AAAAAUUUUCGUUUUCAUAAAGUUUAUGGGUAUCGUAAAUUUUGCAUUAAAUUAGUAAUAAAUCAAUAAAUAACACACAAUUUUGUCACAAAACUUGUGUGCAAAAUGAGUUACCCAACUCAAAGCUCACACCAACCUCCAUUACCACCUCCGCCGCCAGGAACUUAUUCUGUUCCACCUCAUUCAACAAAAACUACACACCAUCAGCCACCAUUGCCACCCCCGCCAGGAACAUAUCCACCAGCUUCCCAUUCAACCCCGCUUCCUCCUCCACCAGGAACAUAUUCCGCUGGUAAUCAGCCAACUUCAUACGUCGCCAACGUGCCAACAAAUAUCUACCCUUCACCAGUCUAUCCCCCAACAACUCCGACCACGUUCAACCCUGCAGUUCCCCCACCACCAAUUGCCAACAUACCCCAUCGAUAUUAUUCCACUCCAUUACCAUCUUAUGGUCCUCCACCACCAGCUCCGGCACAAAAGCCGGUCCCGGUCACUCCUUACCUCCACUAUCCCCCACCACCGCCAUCUUCAUCAUCCUACGUCAACUAUCCUCCACAGCCAGCUCCUCCGGGUAUGGCUUCCACCGAAUAUCCCUCAAAGACACCUCCUCCAAGUCAAACAAGUCAUUCCCGGACUUGGUAUGCUCCCCGGCACAAUUUGACUUAUCGAAAUCCAGCAAUACGCGCCUCAUCUCAACCACCACCUCCUUCAUCUCUGGAACACAGAUCCUCCUAUCGUCCGAGGAAGCCAUUUGUCCCCUCGAGCAGCUACCGGUCUUCAUCAACUCGUCCAUCAUCAAUGUCCCGAGGAGCAACUCCAUCCGAAGGUCGUUCCUCCAGUAGCUCGACCUAUUCUAGUCAUCAUCAAUCCGAAAAACCACCCAAAAAGGUGGAAACGGAAAGAGAUCGUCUUUUGAAAAACUGGCGAAGCUAUUUCUGUGAGACAUCCGAAGAGAUUGCCAAAAAACUAGCCGAAUUGGAAGAGAAUGAAGAAAAAGACGUGUGGAUUCGUUCAUCUCCAGCUGAUAUCUACUAUCGUCGAACCAACAAUGGCAACGAAGUUGAAGGAACUUCUCGUCUCGAAGCUCUAUGUAAUCUCUUCGAUGAAGAAUUGGUUAAAAGAUCUGACAAAGCCAAGGCAAAAAUGGAAGCUUAUACUCUUCCACCACGCAAACAUCGUCGUCGUCUUUGCAAGCACAAAUCCGAAAUUUGUUCAUCAUCGUCGUCGGACUCGUCAGACGAUGAGUUUAAAAUUGAACAAGAUUGUUGUAUGGAAGAGUUGUCUAGAAAAGUCCAACAUCCUUAUCGGCUGCAUCCAGAUUUGUGGCACAAUGACCCCGGUGAAAUGAAUGAUGGACCACUUUGUCGUUGUUCGGCUAAAUCAAGAAGAAUUGGUAUUCGGCAUGGAAUUUAUCCUGGCGAAGGGGGAAUCCCCAAAUGCAUUCCAAAUUCAAACAAUGCCAAUAAACUUUAUCAUUACCGGAUAACUGUUUCUCCUCCAACUAACUUCCUUACAAAGACUCCCACAAUCAUCAAACAUGACGAGCAUGAGUUUCUUUUUGAAGGAUUCUCUCUGUUCUCCCAUUCGCCUAUUGAUGAGUUGCCAACUUGCAAGGUUAUAAGGUUUAACAUUGAAUAUACGAUUUUGUACAUUUCCGAGAAGAUCCCUGAGAACUUUACUAUCCAAGAGCUGGAAUUAUUUUCUAAGUAUCUCUUCCAUGAACUCCUCGAAUUGGUUGAUUUUAGUCUUCUUCCGAAUGUUAACGCAGACACUUCCUGUCCAGCUUUUCAUUUUCUUCCACGAUUCGUUCGAGAUCUAGCUGACAAUGGCAAAGAAGUUCUCGCUAUGAGUGAGGUGCUCAAGUAUUUGCUGGACAAUUCUGGGCCUCUGGUAGACCCCGAACGAUUGUCCACCAUGGCUGACAUUGCCCAGAAUGACUGGCAGGAUUAUGUUGAUUAUAUCAAAGGAAUGGUCGUCACAAAACCCGGCCAAAAACCAUGUUCUGUUCGAAUCGAUCAACUCGACCGCAAUGUCCCCGAUAUACCCGAUUGUGUGGAUAAGGAGAAUGAAGCAAUCAUUCAUCCAGCUAUUGUCCAUUUUGGUAUUCGUCCACCACAACUCAGCUAUGCCGGGAAUCCAGAAUAUCAAAAAGCAUGGAGGGAAUAUGUUAAAUUUCGUCAUUUAAUGGCAAACAUGUCCAAGCCAUCGUACAAGGACAAACGAAAGCUGGAAGAGAAGGAGAUUCGUUUGCAAGAAAUGCGUACUCAGGGUCGGAUGAAGAGGAAUAUAACAGUUGCUAUAAGUUCUAAAGGAUUCUAUAGAACUGGCAUCAUGUGUGAUGUGAUUCAACAUGCUAUGUUGAUUCCAGUUCUAACCGGGCAUUUGCGCUUCCAUCAGUCAUUGAGUCUUUUGGAAAAAAAUAUUGGACAUAAGUUUAAAAAUAGAUAUCUCCUGCAAUUAGCACUAACUCAUCCCUCGUAUAAGGAGAACUUUGGUACAAAUCCAGAUCAUGCCAGGAAUAGCUUGACUAAUUGUGGUAUCCGUCAGCCAGAAUAUGGAGAUCGAAAGAUUCAUUACAUGAACACCCGCAAGCGAGGAAUCAACACUCUAAUCAACAUCAUGUCCAGAUUUGGUAAGGAAUAUGAAACCAUGUCGAAUAUCACCCACAAUGAGAGAUUGGAAUUCCUCGGAGAUGCAGUUGUUGAAUUCCUCAGUUCCAUUCAUUUAUUUUUCAUGUUUCCUGAUCUAGAGGAAGGUGGUUUGGCCACUUAUCGGGCUGCUAUUGUCCAGAAUCAACAUCUCGCUGUACUCUCGAAAAAACUCCAAUUGGAAGAGUACAUGCUUUAUGCUCAUGGAUCAGAUUUGUGUCAUGAAUUGGAGCUGCGUCAUGCAAUGGCGAAUUGUUUUGAAGCUUUAAUGGGUGCUUUACUGCUGGACGGUGGCAUCUCAGUAGCUGAUAAGGUGUUUAUGAAUGCUCUGUUCAUGGGCGAUGAGACGUUAAAGGAUAUAUGGAAGAAUCUAUCUGAGCAUCCAUUGCAGGAACAAGAACCACUCGGUGAUCGUCACUGUAUACCCUCCUAUCCGGUGCUUCAGGAGCUGACUAAAUUCGAGGAUUCCAUUGGAAUCAAAUUCAAACACAUUCGUCUUCUUGCUCGUGCUUUUACUGAUCGAAGUAUUGGAUUUACCCAUCUCACUUUGGGCUCAAAUCAGAGGCUUGAAUUUCUAGGCGAUACGGUUUUGCAAUUGAUUUGUUCUGAGUAUCUUUAUCGGCAUUUUCCUGAGCAUCAUGAAGGACAUUUGUCACUCUUGAGAUCGUCUUUGGUCAACAAUCGAACUCAGGCAGUUGUGUGUGAUGAUUUAGGCAUGACUCAGUAUGCGGUCUUUUCCAAUCCAAAAUCAGAUAUGAAGACCAAAGAUCGAGCUGAUUUGUUAGAAGCAUUUCUGGGAGCUUUGUAUGUGGACAAAGGACUGAUGUAUUGUGAACAGUUUUGUCAUGUUUGUUUAUUUCCACGUUUGCAGAUGUUCAUCAUGAAUCAAGAUUGGAACGAUCCGAAAUCGAAACUUCAACAAUGUUGCCUUACUUUGAGGACAAUGGAGGGUGGUGAGCCAGACAUUCCAAUCUACAAAGUGGUCGAAUCGAUUGGUCCUACAAACACACGUAUUUAUACGGUGGCAGUGUAUUUCAGAUCGAAACGAUUGGCCACAGCUACUGGACAUACUAUUCAGCAAGCUGAAAUGAAUGCUGCCAAACAGGCUUUGGAGAAUUCGCGAGAGCUCUUCCCGCAGCUGGAUCAUCAGAAGAGGGUAAUUGCAAAGAGUAUUAAACAGCAAACUGGUGAUAUUAAUUCGGAUCUGGAGGAUUCAUUGAAGCAACCUGCGAAAAAAUUCUUUGCAGAUGAUAUGGAUGAAUCUCAUCUGCCUAAGCAAUAUCGUCUGCGUGAGGAUAUCUCAUCGGAUGAGCUUCCCGAUGAUGAUGCACCCAAUUCUGACUCUGAUACUGUGAUGAAGUCAAAGAAGAAAAAGAAAAAAUCUCACACUAGUAAAAGUCCUAAGAAGAAGCACAAGAAAAAGCGAAAACGUAGCAGAAAGACGUCGUCUUGUAGUGAAGGCAGUGUAAAGGAAGAUUGUUCUUUGAAAAAUAAACAAAGUAACUCACCGAAAAAGAAACCAUCACCAUUUGUCGAUGAUUCACUGAGUCCUUUGUCCGAUGAUGAUUUGGGAGAUCAUAUUGUUAUGGAUGAUCGACGAUCUCCUCCGCUUGUAAUUACUCCCAGCAGAGUUAAAGAUGAUAUUUCUCAGUCGAUGGAUUAUUUCCCUCCUCCUCUUCCACCUCUGCCUGAAACAACCAUAAGUAAUGCUAAAAUUGAAAUCCCUGAGCCGAGUGAAGACAAAAAAACAACUAAUGAUCUCAAUGUCAAGACUUGCAAGCCAUUUUCAGCACUUGCAGAUGUAGAAGACGUCUCAUCGUCUUCCGAAAUUGAAUCCGGAGAGUUAAGUACUUAAAUGUAAAGUUUAUUAAUAAAUUUUUAAAUUUGAAUUAAACGAAUAGAUUAUAAUCAAA